AUUUAAUUCAGGAUGACCACGUAUAGGCAUUCAGUCGCAGUGAUUUAUCUUUAUCUCCUUUCUAGAAAUAUUAUGACCUUGUUGAGAUGUUGGAGUUCCCCUCUUACAUACUUUUCUCAUGCUUGACUUCACAAAGCGGUUUGCAUCGGCGAGCUAGGGCAGUCCGGCCCCAUCUGAAGUUUUGCUGAAGGCCGAAAAAAACACCUCCGUUAUUAUCGGCAACACCCGCCCUGCUUCACCUAAGGUGGCAUACCUCGCUCUAACUAUUCUACCUUUUUCUUUACUUUUUCCGUCCUCCGUUACUUCUCGCCCUUCUCUCUCUCUCUCAGUUUCAUUGUCCACUCAUAUCUACACCCCGCGACAAUGUCUACCAAAACGAACCCUCCAGUGGUGAUGGAAUCCAUCACGCAACAAAUCGGCAAUACCCCGCUAGUCCGCCUCAACAAGGUGCCCAAGAGUCUGGGUAUCAAAGCGACUGUUUAUGCUAAAUUGGAAUACUUCAAUGCGGGGGGUAGUGUCAAAGAUCGGAUUGCACUGCGCAUGAUUGAGGAGGCCGAGCGCAAGGGAAGAAUAAAGCCAGGUGAUACGCUGAUUGAGCCUACAAGUGGAAAUACGGGUAUUGGACUUGCUCUUGUUGCUGCAGUGAAAGGUUAUAAAACUAUAAUCACUCUCCCAGAGAAGAUGUCCGCUGAAAAGGUUUCCGUUCUGCGUGCAUUGGGUGCCACAAUUAUCCGAACACCAACAGAAGCCGCCUUCGACUCUCCAGAAUCUCACAUCGGUGUCGCAAAGCGAUUGGAGAAGGAAUUACCAAACGCCCACAUUUUAGACCAGUAUGGAAAUGAAGAUAACCCACUCGCGCACGAAUAUGGCACAGCGGAGGAAAUAUGGACCCAAACUGAAGGCAAGAUCAAGGCUGUGGUAGCAGGAGCGGGGACAGGUGGUACGAUUACUGGCGUUGCCCGUGGUCUAAGGAAGUACAAUCCCAAUAUCAAAGUCAUUGCGGCGGACCCUCACGGCUCCGUCCUCGCGUUACCGGAAAUUUUGAACGAGGAGCACAUGAACGAGCCAUACAAGGUAGAAGGCAUCGGUUACGACUUCAUUCCUGAUGUGCUGGACCGUAGUACUAUUGACAAAUGGUAUAAGACGGGUGACAGGGAGUCGUUCCAGUAUGCCAGACGGCUGAUAGCUGAAGAGGGCCUUCUCGUUGGUGGGAGUAGUGGAAGUGCGAUUGCCGGUCUUGCAAAGGCAGCCAAAGACUUCAAUUUUACUCAGGAUGACGUUAUCGUUGUUGUUCUCCCUGAUAGCAUUCGAAGCUAUCUGACCAAGUUUGCGGAUGAUGACUGGCUUGCGGCGAAUGAUCUACUUCCAGAGGUCCCGCCGACGGAGCCUCCAUCACCGGAGUUGCAACCACGCGGUCCAAAGGAUCCAUUCUCAGGGGCCAAAGUUAAGGCGCUCAGAUUAAAGCCAGUUACUACAAUCCUAUCAAAUUCCACAUGCGAAGCCGCCAUCGAGGUAAUGAGAGAAAAAAGCUUCGAUCAAUUACCCGUGCUUGCCCCUACGGGGAGACGUUUGGUUGGUCUUGUAACUCUCGGAAAUAUCCUCAGCCGCCUUUCUCACGGAAGAGCUACGAGCAGCAGUCCCGUUUCCGAUGUGAUGUUUGACUUCUCGAAGUUGUCAGAGGUAGUAACAGAUCCCAGAGAUAUCUCACGGUCUGCUCCAGAACUCCUCGCUGGCUCGACACGUUCUGAAUCUGAGCCGGGCGCAGAGAAGCGUCGCCAGUUUAUUGAAAUAACGCUAGAAACUCCGCUGAGCGCAUUAAAGCGUUUUUUCGAAUGGAACAGUGCCGCUGUUGUUACGGAGAAGGAUGAAAGCGGAGCUAUGAAGCCGGUGGCUGUGGCUACCAAGGUGGAUUUACUGACCUGGCUGCUACACCAGAGUAAAGUGCAAGGCUGAUUUGUCUUAGUCUGUAACCAUCGGUGGCCGCUCUGGUGUUUGAGUUUUGGGUAUUUUAUUCUCUCCAUUCCUAUGGCAAGUCAGUCAGGUCUUCGGGCUUUCUUUAGAUAGAAUUUGCGCCAUGAUGUCGACAUCAAAAAGGUGGUGAGGCUCCAACCUGUUUUCAACAUAACAAACCCCUGGAGAUAUGACGAUGACUUAAUUACCUCUGGCUAUUAAUGUAGCAUGAUAGAUUCUAUAUAAUUCAACAUCGAAUAUCCAUGGGAAUUUCUACUUAUUUUCAAGCUCCUGAUUUUCAAUGUCAACCCGUCAGCUUGCUUCAUGCAAGGGUGGCUUUCCCAAUAUGUUUAUUUAGCUUAAAUGAGUAUAUCCGCCUCAUACGCCGUAUAACUAAACCACGCAACUUCAAGUACA